UUGCAUGCAGCAUGUCAAAGGAUUCAUCCAUGUCCUUUAAGUUCUUUCAAUGUUCCGUAUACUUUAUUGCUAAUAAUCUGUGCAUUUUGUUUUAGGGCAAAGUCUUGCAGAACAAUAACUUUUCAACAGUUCAACGAUGCGAUUGAAGAACUAGCUCUGAAACGAUUUAAGGACCAUGAAAAAGAAGAAGCUAUUUGUAUGAUGCAGAAGCUGAUUGAAGGAAAAUUUCCAGUUAUUGCUGGUGUUACGAAAGCAGUGUCCUCUCCAACUGUAUCCCGCCUAACAGAUGUGUCUAAAUUUACGGGGUCUCACAAGGAAAGGUUUGACCCUUCAGGAAAAGGAAAGGGCAAAGCUGGACGAGAAGAUUUAGUAGAUCGAUCUGGAUAUGUUUCGGGUUACAAACAUGCAGGCACAUAUGAUCAGAAAGUCCAAGGGGCAAGCAAAUAG